AAUGCAUUAUACUUUUGCCCCUCCCUCCUUUUGGUAUUCCCCACUAAAGUCCCCAACGACAUUAUACAUCAGGCCAGGUUCAAGGUAGGUACGACUGAACGGCACCAAUGGCCAACCAAACUGUUGUAGGUAUGCUACACAUAUUUCACCACAUUUCCAAACAUGUUCCUAGCAGCCUCGCUUGCACAGCAGAUUGAUACAUUGUCUGAAUUACUUGUGAGUUGAGAAAUCAUGGCCGAGAAUGAUCAACGGACACAUCGCAUCGGUAGAGAGCGGAUAAAAUAUCUGACAGAUGGCCAGCCGGAUCAGAACAAGAUACGGUCAAUAUGUCGGGCAAUCUCGACAGAAUGUAACUACACCAGGGUAGACUUCAAUGUCCGUGAUAACGGAACGACUGAGUUCUUUGUCAGGGGAGCCGACGAUAAGAUGGAGCUUGCUCUUAGGUUAAUACAUCUGAGACUAAAAGGAAGAGAUGGCGGACAGCCCCCUCCCGAGGUAGUACCAUUAACUGUAGAGAAUAUCAGGAGACACAACAGGAAUCUAACAGAAAGAAGACAGUUCGUAUGUGGAGCUUGCCCGAAGAUUUGGUUUAAAAAAGUGUUCAGCUACAAACCUGUUUCACGGUGUGCUCAAUGUCAUGUCCGUUAUGAUCCUAUUCCUCGUGGUAGUGAAUUUGGACAUGGUUACUACAGGUGUGGACAUUGUGGAAAUGAAUUUACAGGACGGGCUACUGCAGGAGUUCCAGCACCUUGUUUCGUUUGUGGAAGAAUGUGUUUGCCCUUGAGAAUCGGACCGAAGCCCGAGAGGAAUCGACCGCAGGGUGGUGGUCGUCAUGCCUGUGAGAUGUGUGAUAACGGUAGGAUCCGACCAUGUCCAUCUUUCAAUCAAUUCCCUGUCGUGAGCCAGCGCCAUGAAAGCACCGGGUCAACAGUAUCUACCUUUCUCACACAAGCCUCAGAACUUUCCAUCGAUUUCGUAAAGGGUCAGGAAACUGUUGAUGAAACACUCCCAAUGUAAUGCCCACGUCCCUCCGAUUCCUAAAAAAAAAUGCAUCGUCCCCUAAAUUUUCUGAAAAAUGUGUCCGUGUUUUUUGUUUUGUUUGCUUGUUUUUUUUCUUGCAGUACAAGCCUCAUCUUCUCUCUAUACAUUUUUUUUGAAGCAAUGGCGUCGGUUUUGAAGAAAAUUGGCUCACUUCCUGUUAUGUUCCUUCUGGAUAAUGAAGUCUUACUUGGAUAUAGCGAUAUUCAUGAUUAAUUUGCAACAUGUUAUACAAUUACUUUGAAACAUGAAAUACCUAUUAAGUUCAUAUUUUCCGAAAUUCUAUAUUUCGAGUUUAUCACUACACCCCAUGACUAUACCCCAGUAUUCGACGCAGAAUAAUAUUAGACUACAUAGACUAAGAAAUGAAAUAAAAAUUAGUAUGUGCUUUGAAUAAGAGUAAGUAUACAAUGUCCCAUUUACAUUCCCAUUCGUUGAUUAUUUGGCAAAUGAAGUUCGUUUGUUUUGCGGUCUUUUGGUCUGAAUCUUUCAAAUGUUACCGUAAAUUCGGUUUAAAUGGGAGGUUGAUACUGCCCUAUUUUAUUGUUUAACUGCCAUAUUUAUGACAAGUAAGGGUACAUGAUUGUGAAUUACAGCGAUGUUACCAUUUCAACAUUAUGUGUGGGCCCUACAUUUUUUUUAUUAUUAUCAUCAUAAAUCAUUAAUAAAGUACAUACACUCGGCAAAAAAAGUUCUUGGACACUAAGAAAAGUUAAAAUAUUCCAUAUAGAUAUAUUUGAUGAAAGGCAAAUUAUUGUAUGUCAUCAUGACCAGACAAUAUACCUCUUCCAGUAUGACACGACAUUUUCAUGUGAACGGUCAUGCAUGGGUGGUUAAAUGCUUUAAACAAUAGUAAUGUCAGUAAAAGAAAAUUGCAAGAAAUGGAUCAGUCAGUGCAUGGCUGGUUACAGGCAUUAAACAAUAGCAAUGUCAGUAAAAGAAAAUUGCAAUAAAACGAUCAGUCAUUCUUUCAGUUGUGAAAGUUUAUGUGGCAUAAAUAUCCAUUAAAUGAUAAAAGCAAAUUUAAAGUCAAAUACCACUCUUAUAAGAGAAGAGAAGUUAUCCACCUUGGAUGCAUCACUAUUCCACUGGAAUUUUAAGUCAAAGUUAGUCGAUGACUGAAAAAAAUGUCAAAUUUCAGUAUCUUGGCAUAAGCAAAAUAAAAUUCAAUAUCUCGUUUGUCCACCCUGGCUCUGACUGAGUGUACCACAUCGACGUCGCAUGCUUGUCACAUGUCGGCGAAUUUGCACUGGGGUGAUGUUGUCCCAUUCUUCCAGGAGAUAACGCCGGACACCUUGAAGAGUGUCUCCUGGUUGAAUUCUUUGAUUGACCGAUUUUCCUAGCUGAUCCCACAAGUGUUCAAAUGGGUUCAUGUCUGGUGAUCGAACAAGCGGGUCAUGGAUCCAAGCGCUGAACAUUGUGGUCAUCCAGAAAUCUUUGGACAAUGUUCGCUCGAUGGGGACAACCCCCUGUCAGCCUGUUGAAAUCGUUGAAUGUAUGCCUACAGGAUGGCCAUGAUCAUAGCAUUUGAAUGGUCCAUUUCUUGCAAUUUUCUUUUACUGACAUUUCUAUUGUUUAAGGCAUUUAACCACCCAUGCAUGACUGUGAACAUGCAAAUGUCAUGUCAUACUGGAAGAGGAAUAUUGUCUGGUCAUGUUGACAUACAAUAAUUUGCCUUUAAUCGAAUAUCUAUAUGAAAUAUUUUACGUUUUCUAAGUGUCCAAGAACUUUUUUUGCCGAGUGUAUAUAGUUUCUAUUACCAUAUUCUUCGUUGUUGACGUAUAAUUAUUUCUGAUUUUGUGGUUUAGGUUUGGGUGGGCCUUUGUAAUUUGGUUUUGAAGAUUUCAGAGCUUUUUGAAGUGACAAAAAUUGAUGCAUUCGAUUUUUUCUAGAUUUUCAGUGAACCGCUUCCUUCACUUUUGUGUUUCUUGGACAACCUUUAUCUUUGAGCAGAUGGACUUUCCAUUUUAUUAUUUUGCCACCCAAUAUAUUGAUUCUAUUUGAACGCAAGUUCCGUUUCAUAAAAAUUGUUUUUAAUAACUAACGUAUAGAAUCAGUGGCUUACUCGUAAACUCAGCGUCCAAAACAUUCACUUGAGCUGCACCCCUUUCUCAACAUCUAACCCCGGGGGCCAGCCCUGAAAUUUUAUCCCUCCAAUAUUUCGGUACCCAUAACUUCAAUCUGUCGUUGUCCAUUAUGAUUAUUUGUUUUUUUGUUUUUUCUCUUUCUCUCUUUUUUGUACGUCUUUCUUUGUUUUCUUUUUUUUCUCCUCCAUUUCCCCGUUUUACGCCCUUUCAGACUGGUAGUUGGCGCACGUGCCCCUUAAGGGGCUUUCACAAUUGCUCGUACGAUCGUUCGCGAUCAUUUGGUCACAAUAUACAUGAUGUUGCACAGAAUCGCAACGGCUGUAAGCGGUCGCACCACCAAUUGUGAAAGGGGCUUUAGUUAGAUACUGGCUUCAAUUUUGCUUUCUAUCAAUUACCCGACAUCAUUCCGUAGUUAAUAAAGUAGCAAGUAAAAAAGUGGUAUAGUUCAUCAUUUCAUAUGCGUUUGCAAAACUACAGAACGUAGAUUAUUCUAAUAGUAGUUUAGAAGAUAUUUUAUAAACAGUAAUAUUUCAAAGGAGAUAGUUUAUGAUAGUAAAGCGAGACCUUUGUCAGCAUUCAUGUUCUAUACAACUAUGGUACAUGUAUAUUCUUUAUUGUUUUCAUGGUGGCAUUUUGGGUAAAAUGGUCGAAAUAUUUGAUGUUUGUGACUAUUUAAUAAUUAUCGUAAGUUUGCCUAAUUUUUGAGGAAAUAAAAUGUUCAAACUAUCAUCAGAUAAAAA